AUGUUCAACCCAGACCCUCUGAGCUGGACACUCCUCUUCAAGAAGCACAAGACAACCGUGCUUCUCAUGCUCCUACCCCAAGAAUCCAUCACAAACACCAAAACUGCUCUACUAAACGCACUCAAAGCUCGCGAAUUGACGGAAAUCAACGGAGACCCUCUUCCCGAAGACGCCUCGGAUAUUGAAUUUGGAGUUGCAGUGGACAAGAAUGACCUAGAGAAAGGCUGGACGCGGCUGGAGGUGGAGGGGUCAGAUUUCGCAGAGGAAGAGGUAUCAAAGAAAAACACUGGGAAGAAGACUAGUGGCUCGAUAAGCCUACAGGCUGUUGAUCUUCGGAAUGGGCAGUCCAUCGCUUUUAGGUUCAAGAAGCCCGGUGAUGGCGAGAAGGCUGUGAAGAAGGAUGGCGAGGAUAUCGAUAUUGACCUGGACCUUGAGGACCCUGGCUGGGAUGUUGUCGUUCCCAAGUUUGAUGACGAAGAGGAGAUCGAGCAGUGA